GCAGCUGGCCGACGACACGUCCAGCAGUAUCUCACACCAGCCCGCCCACCCUUUGCUAAGUAUACCAUUUCUAUUCUCUGUGUCCACCUCUCCUAUCGAACAACUCAUUACCAUGGCUCCUUCACGCGUCUCUCCAUCCCCAGACUCCACCUCCGCUGGCCUCACAGCCGACCGGAAACAGUUCUGGCACGAAAAUGGCUAUCUCCUCAUACCCGACGCUCUCACUCCUAAACAAGUCUCUACCCUCCUCUCCGAAUCCCAACGCAUGCUCUCCGACUUCGACCUCUCCACCCAUCCCAUGACCCGCUUCAGCACAGGCGAAAAGUCCUCCCACGUGGGCGAUGACUACUUCCUCACCUCUGGUGACAAGGUACGAUUUUUCUUCGAAGAAGACGCCUUCGAUCCUGCAACGAACGCUCUCUCGAAACCGAAAGAGAAAGCAAUCAACAAGAUUGGCCACUAUCUUCACGAGCUCAACCCACACUUCAAAUCCAUUUCAAUCAACUCUGCCAACGCGGCGAUUGCGCGCGAUCUGGGCUUCGAAGAUCCCAGAGUGUUGCAAAGCAUGGUGAUCUGCAAACAGCCUGAAAUCGGAGGCGCAGUACCUCCGCAUCAGGAUAGCGUGUUUCUGUACACGAAUCCGCCGUCUGCAGUGGGGUUCUGGUAUGCGUUGGAAGAUUGCACAGUAGAGAACGGAUGUUUGAGUUUCGCGCCGGGCUCGCAUAGGAGAGCGCCAAUCAAGCAGAGGUUUGUGAGGAAACAGGACAACAGCGGGACGGAGUUUGCCGCGAAUGAGAAUGGCGAGGAAUGGCCGAGGGAAUUCGAGAAGCAGGAUGGUGUAGGUCAAGACCAAGAGGAGUAUGUGCUCGGAGAAGUGAAGGCGGGCACACUAGUGUUGAUCCACGGGAAUAUCCUACACAAGAGCGAGAGGAAUUUGAGUCAGAAAGGGAGGAUGAUCUACACGUUCCAUAUGAUCGAGGGUGGGAAUAAGUACGACGAAAGGAAUUGGUUGCAGCCGCCUGAGGGUGGCUUCACAGCGCUGAACCAGUCGCUGGAAGCAUAAGUGCAGACACGUGCGGGGUUAGGAGAAAUGAGCACACGACAGUAGGUACAACAGUAGGUACGACUUAAUGCGGAAUGAGACAUGACACGAGACCAUGGCUCCAGGAUGAACCGGGUCGGGAGCAGUUGGUUUUUUGCCUACAUCUAGGCCCGUCCAGAUGCGUCUUCGCACCGUGCACAGGCUUUCGAAUUGGUCACAGCUAUCCAUCUCGCUUCUCUGCAACACACCGAAGCGUUUUAUCCGGCCACAAAAUCUCAAGCCACUGGCGACGACAUGCUAUGCCAAACCACCGUCGAGCACACAGUUCCAAAUGAGGCAACUCAAUGGUCCAUACCCCGUCACCAGUGCACCUAGACGUCCAAAAACAGAGCUAGGCUGCUUCUUGGCAAUGCCAUAGCCAAAUCGCCGGCCAUACAUUCACCACUAUCUUCGGAGAGAAGGACGUUGGCUGCGCACGUGAGCACCAGCAAGCAAAGACGAUGGCCACGACAGAGCAACAACGGGGAGGCUGCGAGCGACUAUAUAUGCUGGUGCACGAGCCUGGAUGAAGGUGAAAAACCAAAACAGACAAUUCCACAGUUCAUCUUCCAUCCUCA